GUUAUGUUUACAUUCCGAUACAGCCACGCGCAUCAGCGCAUAAAUACGUGGGAAUUUGACUUUCGGAAUUAUUUACGAAUUCCGAUACAGUGGGAAACGUUGUAACUUUGCUGAAAAAAAGUCUUGGAAUACUUUUAUUUGGAUAUUUCAUGGAUAAAUCUAAAAUGUGCGACAUGAAAAUAUCACCAGUGCGACCUGAUACCUCAUCCUCUUAUUUAAGAAAGAUUAAGAAACCGCUGAUAGAGAGAAAGAGAAGAGAACGAAUUAACAACUGUCUGUCACAGCUGAAGACAAUACUUCUAGAAAACAUUAAACAAAAUGGAGGUACCCAGGUAUCUAAGCUCGACAAGGCAGAUAUUCUUGAGAUGACUGUGAGUCAUUUACGCCAAGUACAUCACCAGCAACUGUCGGCUGCCAUGGCAGCGAGCUCGAACGUUGUGCAGCGGUACCGUGAGGGCUACAUGGAGUGCGCAACCGAAGCUGUACGUUACAUGGAAACAUCUAGAGCAUAUCCGAAUGACAUGGUAAUGCGCGUGCGAACAAAUCUCGCUCCAAAAAUGGGAUAUCCUCAAGGACAUGCGCCUAGCAAUGAAUCUUUCCGUAGUGAAUACUAUGCUGUAAAUGACUUAAGUGCUUUAAGUGACAUUAGUGCUCCAAGCACACCCGUGAAAGUCAAAGUUGAAUCGCCAAGCUGUAGUGAUUCUGUUUCACCGGACAGUAGAUUUUGCAGUGCCUUUUCACCAUUACUCAUGCCAGUCCCACUUGUCAAAUGUGAUCAGGAACAUUCUAUACCAGCAAAGUGUUCAAGUGAUUCCUCGGACGAUUCAGUGCUCGAACAUGAAGACGACAACGUCAGACCAGGAUCUUCGCAAUCUAAACCUUCCCAGAGUUCUAAGCUAUCACUACCGGUGCGAGUUCCGGUUAGUGUUGGGGAUUCCCCGUCUCAGAAACAAGUCUGGAGACCGUUUUAAAAACGCUAUAGGACUGUUUUUACCACAAUGUUUUACACUAAAACGCUCAACCAAAAUGUGUUCUUAAUGCCCAAUGUGAUAUUUGCUGUUGUGUUUUGAAAUAAAAAAAAAA